UGGCGCCCCGGCCGGCCGCUGGGUCCCCGCGCCAUGGCCCGAGUGCCCGGGGCGCGGCGCUGACGGCGGCCGGCGGAGCUCGCCAUGCCCAGCAGGACCGGUCCCAAGAUGGACGGGAGCGGCUGCCGCGUCCGCCUGAAGGCGCACUACAGCGGGGACAUCCUGAUCACCAGCCUAGAUGCAGCCAUGACCUUCGAGGAGCUCUGUGAGGAAGUGAGAGAGAUGUGCGGUCUCCAUCAGGGACACCCACUCACCCUUAAGUGGGUGGACAGUGAAGGUGACCCCUGCACCGUGUCCUCCCAGAUGGAGCUGGAGGAGGCCUUCCGUCUGGCCUGUCAGCGCAGGGACGAGGGGCUCACCAUUCACGUGUUCCCCAGCACCCCCGAGCAGCCAGGCAUGCCUUGUCCGGGAGAAGACAAAUCCAUCUACCGCCGCGGAGCCAGAAGAUGGAGGAAGCUGUACCGCGCCAACGGCCAUCUCUUCCAGGCCAAGCGCUUUAACAGGAGAGCAUACUGUGGCCAGUGCAGUGAGAGGAUAUGGGGUCUCGCGAGGCAGGGCUACCGCUGCGUCCACUGCCAGCUCCUGGUGCAUAAGCGCUGUCACGUGCUCGUCCCGCUGACCUGCAAGAGGCGCAUGGAUUCUGUCAUGCCUUCCCAAGAACCUGCAGUGGAUGACAAGGACGACGCGGACCUUCCUUCUGAGGACACCGAUGGAAUCGCUUACAUUUCUUCAACCCGGAAGCAUGACAUUAAAGAGGACUCUGAGGACCUGCAGCCGGUCAUCGAUGGGAUGGACGGAAUCAAAAUCUCCCAGGGCCUCGGUCUGCAGGACUUCGACCUGAUCAGGGUCAUCGGGCGUGGGAGCUACGCCAAGGUCCUGCUGGUGCGGCUGAAGAAGAACGACCAGAUGUAUGCCAUGAAGGUGGUGAAGAAGGAGCUGGUCCAUGAUGACGAGGAUAUUGACUGGGUGCAGACAGAGAAGCAUGUGUUUGAGCAGGCAUCCAGCAACCCUUUCCUGGUCGGCUUACACUCCUGCUUCCAGACAACAAGUCGGCUGUUCCUGGUCAUCGAGUACGUCAAUGGCGGGGACCUCAUGUUCCACAUGCAGAGACAGAGGAAACUCCCAGAGGAGCAUGCCAGGUUCUAUGCUGCCGAGAUUUGCAUCGCCCUCAACUUCCUGCACGAGCGCGGGAUCAUCUACCGGGACCUGAAGCUGGACAACGUCCUCCUCGACGCCGACGGCCACAUCAAGCUGACGGACUACGGCAUGUGCAAGGAAGGCCUGGGCCCUGGUGACACAACCAGCACUUUCUGCGGAACCCCGAAUUACAUCGCCCCAGAAAUCCUGCGGGGGGAGGAGUACGGGUUCAGUGUGGACUGGUGGGCGCUGGGCGUUCUGAUGUUUGAGAUGAUGGCCGGACGCUCCCCCUUUGACAUCAUCACCGACAACCCCGACAUGAACACGGAGGACUACCUUUUCCAAGUGAUCCUGGAGAAGCCCAUCCGGAUCCCACGGUUCCUCUCGGUGAAGGCCUCCCACGUCCUGAAAGGAUUUUUAAACAAGGACCCCAAAGAGAGGCUCGGCUGCCGGCCACAGACGGGAUUUUCCGAUAUCAAGUCUCACGCGUUCUUCCGCAGCAUAGACUGGGACCUGCUGGAGAAGAAGCAGGCCCUCCCGCCAUUCCAGCCCCAGAUAACCGACGAGUAUGGUCUGGACAACUUCGACACCCAGUUCACCAGCGAGCCCGUGCAGCUGACCCCGGACGAUGAGGACGUCAUCAAGAGGAUCGACCAGUCGGAGUUUGAAGGUUUUGAGUACAUCAACCCGUUACUGCUGUCCACCGAGGAGUCCGUGUGAGGCCGUCUUCUCUGCCACGGACACGUCUGUGAAUGACCCCUUCACUCUAUCCUUAACCACAGCGCAUGCAUGCCAGGCCGGGCGCGAGGCUCCAGGCGCGGCCAGGGAGGGACACUUGCCGCAGAGACCGCGGACGGGGCGUCCAGCCGGCCCUCCUCGGAGCGGAACAGUCUUGCGUCUGGGCCCGCGCGGCCGGCUUCGAGCUGGAGGAAUUUGCUUCGUGCCUGGGCCGCAGAGGAGCCGCGGUGACCGCGUCCAAGGGAGGAACUGCCCGAUUCUGAAGGUGCACACUUUCCACGGAAACAGAACUGACCUGCUCCGCCAGGAGAGUUAGCCUGUGAUGUCCUGAGGAAUAAAAUGUGCCCAUGAUGUCGCAGCCUCCCGGUGCCUUUUUUCUGUGUCGGCACCUGCCCCGCCUUGCGGGCGACACCCACGUGGGAGGCGCUGGAGCGGGCGGGGACUGGGGACGGGAGCCCGAUUGCUGGGGGGCACCGCAGUGAAGAAUUUACAAAUCUGCGAGGUUUGCUAAGUCCCGGUAAGUUUGUGUCGUUAACACGUAGGUCACACGCACGCGUCUCUGUCGUCAGGGUGCUCGUGGGCAGGCGGCGAGACCGGACCCCGGAUUCUAGCGCUGCUCACCAAAGCCCCCCGGAGACCAAAACAAGGGAGGAAAUGGAAAACGAAAUCUGCACAAAAUAUUUCUGCAAACGCCAAGCAGUGCCUAUGUGACCUCUUGUAUCGAAUCUUUGAAACGGUAUUUUUGUCGGUAAUAACGAUGCUCAGAGUUAGAAAAUGUAAGAAGGUCCGUGUGUGAGUGCCCAGCCUUAGUAGUGCAUCUGGAGACCCACGGACGUCCUGCACAUCCCUGACGCCGUGCUUCCCGCAGCCAGUCGCCUGCACAGGGUGCACGUGUCCCUCCGCCACCCUGCUCGGGUGAGCGCCUUACAGAAGGGGUUCUGAAGGAGAGAACGCCCCAGGGGCUCUCAAAGUCUCUACCCCAGGAAGUGUGGCUGGAGGCGUGGGCAGCAUGGGAGGGCUCCUCGACCGCCCUCAGGACCCCGCGUCCCCGCACACCCUCCCAGCAGUCUCUGCCAUGUGGCUGGUGGUUUGGGGCAGGAGGCUGUGGUACGGAAGGUGGAAAUGAAGGGGUGCGUGUAUGGCACCGCCCCUGUCCUCCCCUGAGUCCGGCAAGGAGCCGACUCAUACUCAGGGCGGGACACCGCGUGGGCACCUGCAGGACCCCCGACCCCAGGCCA